GAAACUAAAGUCAGUGAUAUGUGUCACAUGCAUGCGCGAAGCCAUUGAAGUGCUACAAAAGGUUUCCCCUUUUGCCAGGUUGUACUCGGUCAACGCUCGUCAUUGUUGUUGUUGUUGUUGUUAUUCAUAAGCGCGUAUCAUGUGAGAGUUUUCAUUCAAAUCAAAUUUAAACAGUUCAUAUUCUGGCAGUCUGUUAUCGUCAGUUGAUUGAUUUACAAAUGUUGUUUGAAUCAAUACAUACUUAUCUUAAAAUGCAGCCACACAUAAUAAAUUUCAAAUUCGUUGAAUAAAGCCGAAAAGUCAGCAAAUUGUUAAUUUUAAAUUGACGCAUUUCAUUAUUUGUUUCUUUGUCAAAAGUUUUAAUUUCAACCUUGAACUGGGGUGUUACAUUAACGUCAAGAAAUUUAUGACACAUGGGAAAAUACACCUGUUACGUUAACGUUAUAUCACAGUCGAAGAAUGAAUAUAUCUACGACAUUCCAGCCUCAAUUUAUAUUUAACCCAGUUUAUUUUUGCUGAUUCAAUGAAAGUUGCUUCUGUUAUUUGUGCUUAUGUUGAUGUUUUGCAAGGCUAAUAGAAAUUCAAAUCAAUUUUUGAUUAGCUAUAAAUAUCGACAGGCAUCUAGUAGCUGUUCAUAUACAGCUGCACUGUGAUAUGCCAAAUCUUAUCUGCCACAAAAGAACUUUAAUUGCUUUCUUAAUAAAUAACAGUGUCAUUAAGGAACUACCUGUAUAUGUUAUCUGCUCAGCCAAGGGGGUCCGUAUAAAAUGACAAACACUCGGCUGCCUACAAUUAGUUGGUUAAUAAACCUCGAGAACUAUAAAGUGUACAACAAUGGAAGGUUUGCUGGUGUUGUUGCUGACCGUGCUCUCAUUGCUGCAGCCAAGCCAGCAGACGGAACGUUUCACGGGUGGCAAGGACAUUUGUCGUCUGCUGGCGGAUGGUACGGAGGUGCGUAAGCCUGGCUAUUGUAAUCAGUCGAUUAAGUGCCAGAAUCAUGUGAGCACACCUGGCCAAACCUGCGCUGAUGGCAAGUACUUUGGCCUGUCCAAGAAGACCUGCGGUACUAAGGAUAAAACCGACACCUACUGCAAUGUGCCCUGCACCACCAAAUCCAAAGGUUACAUCGGCGACUCGUUCAAUUGUGCCAAUUGGUAUUAUUGCGAUAAGGCAACAGCGUUGAGCAGCGGCAUCUGUGGGAAUGGCAUGUACUUCGAUAAAGCAAAGCAGAUGUGCGUUUAUCCCCAGGAUACAACAUGCGCGGCCACUUAUGAGCUAUGCCAGGUGGUGCCGGCGGACAUAAAGAUCAAGGACGAGCAUAAUUGCCAUCAGUACAUUACUUGCAAGAGCUCCAAGCCCACAGUCAAUGAUUGCGGCACAGGCAUGUACUACGAUGUGGACCUGGCAAAGUGCGAAAAGAAGGCACUGGUGAAAUGUGAGAGCCAUCCCAUACCGGAUGGUGCCUGCGGUACUAAGAAGCUGGCCAAACGCAAUGCCUUCAGUUCCGAUGGUGCCACAUGCCGUGGCUACUAUUACUGCCGUGAUCUCGGCUCUGGAGUGCCUGAUCCUGAUCCGCUGUGGCAACAGUGUCCCCUUGAAUAUUUCUUCGAGCCCACAGCGGAAGUCUGUUUGGAUCGCAGCCUCGUGAAGUGCGCUGAGGAUCGCUGCGAUGGACGCAUGGAUGGCUUUGAGCUGGUCCAAAACUCCGAUUGCCGCAAGUAUAUAGAGUGCAAAAAUGGUGUGGAGUUUGGUGAUAUUCUUGAGUGCCCCGAAAAUAUGUGGUUCGAUUAUGGAGCUCAAGCUUGUACUCGGGAGAAAACGACUUAUCGCGCUUGUCUAUGAGCAUAGAAGAUUCAAUUGAAUUGUUUAACACACGCUAUAUAAAGAUAAUUUGUUGGUGUUAGUUGAGUUGUAAAUAAAAAAA